AUGGGGAGAGAACUGCAACCUCACGCAGGGGUGUCUUCGAUUGAUCUUAUUCUUGUUGUGCCAAAGGAGGAGACCCACGAUCAUUGCUGGCGUUGUUACCAUCGGAAGGGGGGGAAGGGAUGAGCUGGGCCACCUAUGGUGUGCUGCAGGUUGUGCCAAGGGGGAGAGGAGGAGCAGGCCAUCCCCACAAUAAAAGAGGGAUGCACCAAAAGAAGAAGGGGAGGGAUGAGAGGGCUGUUUGUGAAUGA